GGGGGGUAUUUAUCUAUUUAUACAUGGGAUUGUACAUAGUCUUGUGGGGCAUGGGGGAGCCGGCUGGAGGUGAGAACCCUCCCCUCUCCCCCCACCCCCGGGGAGAGCAAAUGUAAAACUACUAAUUUUUGUGCUUUAUAUAUUCUAUAUAAAUAUAUCUAUUUUCUUUUUACAAAACCAGUUUAUAAAUGGUAGGGGGGUGUGGGGCGGACACAUGGAGCUCCCCUUGUGGGGGGGCCCCUCCAUUACCCAACCUACCGCCCUUUCCCUCACCCCUCCCCACUCCCCACCCCUGGCUGUGACUGCUGUAAGGUGGGGGUAUAGAGAGAGGCUGGGUAAUUCCCACCCCGUUGUAUAGUUGGACUAUGUUAUAACGCACAAAAGUGAGCUGGCCCCAGGGGGAGCCAGAGGGUGAUGGGUUCCCUACCUUCCUUUCCUUCCCCUUUCUGCCCAUGCUUGUGCUGCAGUUGAACCUCUUCCUGGGGGUGGGGAUAGAUAGAGGGUGGGUGAGGCCCCAGACCCCUCUCUGGUAGGGAGACAUGGGGAUGAAGAUGAAGCUUAUAUACAUACAGUUCUCUUCUAGGGGCUGUGGGCAAGAGCAUUUUGUAAUAUUUUCAAGAAUCAGAUGUCUGGAGUGUAGGGGUGGGCUUGGUGGUGGCAGUUGGGCAGGCCUACUGGAGGGGGAGCAUGGUCGCUGUUGUGAUUUUAGGUUUGUUUUUAUUUUGUUUUGAAUUUGAGGGGUUGUGGAUUGAUGGGGGUAGGGAGAUUUCUUUUCCUUUCAGUUUUUUUUUUUAAACUGCUUCCUCAACUGUUUCAAGCUGCAAAUGUUAAGAGAAUAACACCCCCACUCCCACAGGAACCACUGUAAUUAGAUCAGACAGUGGGGAGACUGGGCUGCUGUCCCCCAAAGCCACAGAGCAGAAAGGUCUAGGAUACAGGGAGAGGAAGAUUGGCUCCUGUGAGUCAGGCUUUGGUUGGGGCUUGGGCCCUGGGAUUGGGAAAAGGAGAUAGGGCAAACUUUGUAAGCAUAUGCUAGGUAUCCGAUAGUCCUGUAGAAUUUAGUGACGAGACCUUAUACAGUUUUUAAUUUUUAUAUAAACUAUAACUCAAACCCAAGCUACAAGGUUGGAAUUUUGGUUGUUGGUUUUUUUUUUUUUUUUUUUUUUUUUUUUAAAGUACCCUGCCUGUAUAAUUGCAUCAGAAUUCCUUCCUCCCCCUCCCCACCCCCCCGUGUUUGUAUUUUGGGUUGGUUUACACUUGCACAUAUUCAAUUUUCAGUUUUCACCCUUUACAGUCUUCUACCCUCACCUCCAGGACCCUCCCCCUUUUUAAAAAAAAUAAAUCGCUGACAAGUGUGAAUCCCGUGAAGACUUUAUUUUGUGUUGUGUGUAUCCUGUACAGCAAGGUUGGUCCUUCGUAACAACGGAUGAAAUGGUUCCCUUUUUUAAAGCGCCCUCUCUUCCUCCAACCCCAGCGCCUGUUCUUGGCAUGUUUUGUAUCAGCGAUCAUUCUGAAAUGUACAUAAUUUAUGUUGCGAGAGGCAAAGGGCAAGUUUUGGAUUUUGCUUCUUCCAAGUUUGUUUUUAAACGACAAAUAAAAAAAAGAACAUUUUAAAUACAAGCGGCUCCGUCCCGUGACCCUCGCCGUCAGCGGGAUCCGUGACAUCCGCCGGGACUCGCUGUAGGGGGAGGGGGCAUGUUAUCCUGGCCCGGCGCCGCCGGAAGGGUGGGUUCUCCGCCUUCCGCCUCGGGCCUGUGUCUGCUGUGACUUAAGCGGAAGUGGCGUCGGGGCACCGGACAUGGGCGGGGCCUGCUCCAAGCGAGCUUCCUAAAGCGAAGAACCAAGCCGGCGCCUCUUGCGAUGGAGACGGUCACUUCAGAUAGCUCCCCAGCUCUGGAAAAUGAGCAUCCUCAAGGAAGCUUCUGGUAGAUGAGCUUCAGCAAAACAAAGCAGAGAUCAAAAAAGAUGAAAAUGUGAGGUACAGGAAACAGGAGUGCCAACAGAGGAGAGAUGUGAAAGGGGUUUCUGGACCAUGAUGAGGAAGCUCCCAGGAUGGCAGUGGUACAGACCAGGCAAACCAGCCCAGAUCUGAGCAGGUCAGAAGGCUCCACAAGGCUCUUUCGAAACUCCAGAAUCCAACAACAGUGUGUAUACCUCCUUCAUGAAGUCUCAUCGCUGCUAUGACUUGAUUCCGACAAGUUCCAAAUUGGUUGUAUUUGAUACUUCCCUGCAAGUGAAGAAAGCUUUCUUUGCUUUGGUGACUAAUGGUGUACGUGCUGCCCCUUUGUGGGAUAGUAAGAAGCAAAGUUUUGUGGGCAUGCUGACCAUCACCGAUUUCAUCAAUAUCCUGCACCGCUACUAUAAGUCUGCCUUGGUACAGAUCUAUGAGCUAGAAGAACACAAGAUAGAAACUUGGCGAGAGGUGUACCUGCAGGACUCCUUUAAGCCACUCGUCUGCAUUUCUCCUAAUGCCAGCUUGUUUGAUGCUGUCUCUUCAUUAAUUCAAAACAAGAUCCACAGGCUGCCAGUUAUUGACCCAGAAUCAGGCAACACCUUGUACAUCCUUACUCACAAGCGCAUUCUCAAGUUCCUCAAAUUGUUUAUCACUGAGUUCCCCAAGCCAGAGUUCAUGUCUAAGUCUUUGGAAGAGCUACAGAUUGGCACCUAUGCCAAUAUUGCUAUGGUCCGCACCACCACCCCCGUCUAUGUGGCUCUGGGCAUCUUUGUACAGCAUCGAGUCUCAGCCCUGCCAGUGGUGGAUGAGAAAGGGCGUGUGGUGGACAUCUACUCCAAGUUUGAUGUUAUCAAUCUGGCAGCAGAAAAGACUUACAACAACCUAGACGUGUCUGUGACCAAAGCCCUACAACAUCGAUCACACUACUUUGAGGGUGUUCUCAAAUGCUACUUGCAUGAGACUUUGGAGACCAUCAUCAACAGGCUGGUGGAAGCAGAGGUUCAUCGUCUGGUAGUGGUGGAUGAGAAUGAUGUGGUCAAGGGAAUAGUAUCACUGUCUGACAUCCUGCAGGCCCUGGUUCUCACAGGUGGAGAGAAGAAGCCCUGAGCUGGGGAAGGGGUUAUGCAGCCUCAGGGGAGAUACCCCCACUCGCUGUCUGCCCAAAGCGCUGGGAAUCAUAUGAAACCUUGGGAAAAAGGACUCUGUGCCCUGCCCAGGACCCCCACCUGCUAUCUGGGAGCCAGGGGAGACACAGAGGGAAGGAGGGGAAUGGGUUCUUAGUUGCCCUUACCCUCAUGCACACAAUUGAGGAAAACUUUCAGCUUAGCCAAUCCUGGCUCCUGUCCCCUUAGACAUAGCCCCACCACUGCCCUAGGGUGAACCAUGGGCUUUGUGCUCCUCAGGCAAAUUCUGAUCUCUAAGAGAUCCCCAGACCUCACCUGGCCUUUGCUUCUAUCUCUGCCCUGACUCCACUCUCAAGUAAUAGCAAAACAAAAAUCUUCAUAAAGAUGUUUUUAUUCAUCCUGUUUUAUGCUGUAUGGAGGAUACUGAGUCCAUUUAUUGGCAUUCUUCCCAUGAUCUGAGUGGGGAGGAUUGUGGGGAGGAGGGGCUUUAAUGCAUAUGAAGGAAGAUGAUUAGGUGGAGGAGGAGGGCAGAAGGGUUAGCCAAUGUUACUGCUUUUCAUGACAAAUUAAUUAAAUGAUGAGAUUCUCCUCAUAGUAUUAUAGUGUUUGAUUUUUGC